CUUUCGGUAUAAUGAAAAGAAGAAUUUCACAAACUAUGAUUAAAUUUCAUCAUUCAAGGUGUAAAAAAUUAUAAAUUGGUUGUGUAUUAUUUCUUAAAUUUAAUUAAAAGUUUAGUUUUUAAAACUUCAACUUCAAGUGCAGUGUACACAUGCGAAUUUCUGUCAAAACAGUUUAAUGUACAAAUCGAAAUCAUAAAAAAUUUCAGUAUUCAAUAUAUUUUGAAACAGACACCGAAAUUAAAAUCACAAAAUGUUCAAACAUAACCUCAAAGGAAUAAUGCGGCUGCAAAUAAGAAAUUUUCAUCGGAAUUUAAUCCGAUCGUACGUGACAAAAGUAUCAACAAAAACUAAAAUUACUCCUCCUGUAACUCAAAGAGAAAAAUAUAUUGUUGGAAAAGUAUAUAGUGGAUUUAAAGUUACAAAUAUAGAACCAAUCACCGAAUUUUCGAUGGAAGCAAUACAUUUCGAACAUGAAAAAACAGGCGCUGAAUAUUUACAUUUAUACAGAGACGAUGCUAAUAAUGUAUUCUCGAUAAAUUUUCGUACAACACCAAGGGAUAAUUCAGGUAAACCACAUAUCUUAGAACAUACAGUUUUAUGUGGUUCCGAAAAAUAUCCAAUUAAAGAUCCAUUUUUCAAAAUGUUAAAUCGAUCGUUAGCAACUUUUAUGAAUGCAAUGACGGCUCCAGACUACACAAUGUAUCCAUUUAGUACGACAAAUGAAAAGGAUUUUCGUAACUUACAAUCAGUUUACCUGGAUGCGGUUUUUAAUCCAAAGUUAAAAUUAUCCGAUUUUAUGCAAGAAGGUUGGCGACUUGAGCAAAAAGAUUUAAAUGAUCCACACUCGGAAAUUAUCAUUAAAGGAGUGGUAUAUAAUGAAAUGAAGGGGGUUUUAGCUGAAAAUGAGCGAAUAAUCGGGGAAAAAUUAUUAAAUAUGUUGUUACCAGAUCACACGUAUGGUGUUAUCAGUGGUGGAGAUCCGUUAGCAAUUCCUGAUUUAACGUGGGAAGGAUUAAAAAACUUUCAUCGUGUUCAUUAUCAUCCUAGUAAUAGUAAGUUUUUCUCCUACGGCAAUUUUCCCGUACAACCAACUUUAGAGUACAUCAAUGAAAAUUAUUUGAAAAAUUAUUCAAAGAUCGAUACAAAACAUACCGCAGUACCAAGUCAAACUCGAUGGAAUGAACCUCGAAGGGCUGAAAUUAGGGGUCGUUUUAGCGAAAUUGGCCAAGCGAAACAACAUUCCUUGGUAAUUGGAUACUUGAUGAACGAUAUUACGGAUGUUUAUAGCACGCUGGUCAUGCAAUUUAUAAGCGAAUUAUUGGUGAAAGGUGUUAAUUCACCAUUUUAUAAAUCGUUAAUUGAACCGAAUUUUUCGGGCGGUUACAGUACACAAACUGGAUACGAUAGUCAAAUAAAAGAUACAAUUUUUGUACUUGGCUUACAAAGUGUUGAGGAGAAAGAUUACGAUAAAAUUUUACGAAUAUUUGAUGAAACUAUCGAUGAUGUUGUGAAAAAAGGUUUCGAUCCCGAACAAAUCGAAAAUAUUCUUCAUGGAUAUGAGUUAGGUAUCAAACAUGAAUCAACCAAUUUUGGUUUACGACUUUUAUUUAAUUUAUCACCAUUAUUGAAUCAUAAUGCUGAUAUUUUAAAAUCGUUAAAAGUGAACGAAUUAAUUGGACGAUUAAAGAAAGAUAUUGCGGAUCAUCCUGAUUUCUUACAAAAAACCGUCGCAGCACGAUUUCAACAUAAUCGACAUAAAUUAAUAUUAUCGUUAAAACCUGACGUUAAUUAUGAUAAAGAACUUAACGAAGCUGAAAAAAAAUUACUUGAAUCGAAAGUUGCUAAUAUCGAUGGAGUUCGACGUCGUGAAAUAUUUGAACUAUCCAAAACAUUACAAGAGGAACAAAAGAAACCACAACCAAUGGAAAUACUACCAACGCUAGUUAUUGAUGAUAUUCUUAAAAAAACUCCUCCAACAAAUGCAUCGAUUGUGGUUCACGAUCGUGUUCCAAUUCAAAUUUGUGAAGUUCCAACAAAUGGGAUCACAUAUUUGAAAAUGUUAAUUGAUACAUCAAAAAUUAAGGAUAACGAUCAUAAAAUGUUGAUACCAGUAUUUAAUUACGUGAUUAGUCGAUUAGGGACCAAAAAAUAUAAUUAUCGUGAAUUUGAUACGUUAAUCCAUAAGAAAACAAGUGGUUUGUCGAUAUCCACACAUAUUGCUGAAAAUUUAAACAAUAUUGAUGAAUUCCAACAAGGCAUUUCGUUAUCUUCCUAUUGCUUGGAUUCGAAUUUGGAGGACAUGUUGAAUAUUUGGAACGAAAUAUUCUCAAUUGAGACUCUAAAUGAUGUUAAACAAUUUGAACUGUUGGUUAAAUUAUAUGUAACGAAUUUAACGAACGGUAUCGCGGAUUCUGGACACGCUUAUGCGAUGUCUUCCGCAAAUAGUAUGAUUUUAGGUUCUUGUUACCAACAAGAAGUUUUAUCAGGACUUGCGCACAUUAAAUAUAUGAAACAAUUAGUAAAAGAUAUGAACUGCGAAGAUAUUUUGAAAAAAAUUCAAGAAAUGGCCGCAAUAGUAUUUAAUAAACAAAAUCUUCGGGUUGCAUUUAAUUGUCUACCAGAAAAUCGUAAUCAAGUACUAUCAAAAGUCGAAUCAUUUAUAUCUCAAUUACCGGGUGCACAAAAUUCAGAAACAAACAGACCAAUAUAUAAAACAGUACCGGUUUUUGAGCCACAAAAUGGUAUCGAAUGUAAACAUCACUCCCUAAAUAUUCCAGUUUAUUUUGCAUCAAAAGCUGUUAAAGGUGUUUCGUAUACAGAUGAGAAAUUUGCACAUUUAAGAAUUUUAGCGCGAUUAAUUACUGCGAAAUAUUUAUUCCCUGCAAUUCGAGAAGCUGGUGGAGCGUAUGGUGCUGGAGCAAGAUGUGGCUCAAAUGGAGCUUUUACAUUUUUCAGUUAUCGUGAUCCUAGUCAUUUUCAAACAUUGAAAGUUUUCGAUGAGACACAUCAGUAUGUAGAAAAUAAACUUAAAGAUUUAACGGAUCAAGAUAUAUUUGAAGCGAAAUUAAAUGUUUUCCAAGCAAUUGAUGCACCAAUAAUCCCUGCAUCGAAAGGUAAUUCGUUAUUCUAUUCAGGUUUAACGGAUGAAAUGUUACAAAAACAUCGUGAGACUUUAUUGGGAGUCAAUAAGAAUAAUCUUUAUGAUGUUAGUCAAGAAUUCUUAUCGUCUCAAUCAACAACAAAAAUGGCGAAAGUAAUUCUAGGACCAUCAAUUUCUAAUUUUGAUAAAGAAGUGAAAUCAAAUGAACAUUGGACUGUUGAAAAAACUGAUACGUCAUAAUUCUUGAGCUGCUUAAAGAAUUAUUA